AGGUGUUCGUAGCAAAAUGUUUUAGUUUGUUUUUCAAAAUAGAAAUAACAUGGAAGGGAAACAUUAUCUCGAGUUAGGGAAAAACCCUGUGAGGUUUGAUCCUGUUGGCGUGGUAACCAAUGUUUUCUUUGAUGAAUCAAAUAAAAUGGUAUUUGUUGUUCGUUCUGGUGGUGAAACAGGGGUGAUAGUAAAAGGUCCAACCGAUAAAAAAAGUUUCACUUUUCGACUAAAGGACAAAGGAGCUCUCAUUGCCAUCAAGUUUUCAUUGGAACAAAAAGUUCUUUCAAUGCAGCGGAGCGAGAAAUGUGUGGAGUUCGCAAACUUCAAGAAUGGGGAACCCGAUCGAAUUGAAUAUUCACAAACUUGUAAGGGUAAAAACAACAAAAUCCUCACAUUUCAUUGGCUGUCACCAAAUGAAGUUGUGUUUGUCACAAUCAUGGGUGUUGAGUUUUACCAGGUUAACAUGGAGAAGAGAUUGUUGAAACUGAUCAAGGGACAUUAUCUGACUAUUCUAUGGGCAACAUAUUCUCCUGAAACCUCAGUCUUACUUGUAUCUUCCACGUCCAAUCUACUCGUUCCAUUUUACUUCAAUAACGGACAAGUAACUCGCCUGCAGAAGUUUCAAGUUGAAUUAUCAAGGAGUGGUCAACCUAAACUAGAGUUGAUGGAAAGAGAUGUCACACUGCUCAACCUAUACAACACAUUAUAUGUUGGUGUAUUGAAGCGUCCCACCUCACCCACAACUCCUAACAUGAACUGUACGCUUGAUCUAUUCCAACUAAGCAGGGAUUCCCAUGUUAGGAAACCAUAUAUCUUACAACUCGGGCUUAGUGGCCGGUUUGCGUUCAAUGUUGUCGACAACCUUAUUGUUGCUCAUCAUCAAGUUUCUAAGACCUCUGUUGUGUUUGAUAUCAAGUUACCUGGUUUAUCAAAAUCUAAUGUGUUAUAUCUUGAACCACUUAUCGCACCUUUGCCAAUUAAAUCGUUCAAAAUUGAGAAGGAGGAGUUUGAUCCUCAAAUGAGAAGACUAAGUUUCACAGAAGUGGAAUGUCAGAUGUACCCUCCGACAUGGAUUGUUUUCCAACCAAACAUAAUCAUCGAUGCCUGCCUCGGUUGCAUGUGGUAUCUCAAAAUAAACCUCAGCACAAUUGUGGAUAUGUUUCCAGACAGGUGUCUUCUGUUGGACUUCCUUAUCCUUCGCAAACAAAGCAAACCAACCAUACUACAUGUUUGUAAACAAGCCCUCACCCCACUACACCAACUGCCCCUACAACAAAUAUCAAGUUUACUUUCAAAGUUAAAUCAAGUCGCGAGAGAUUACAUUGACAUGGAGCUUUCUUAUCUUCAGAAAUUGGAAGCCCAACCUGACAACCCUGUUUUGCCGAGUCAUCGUGACUGCGUCGUCAUCGACCAGAAUGAUAUGCUGACUCAUGUUCUUACUCCGUUUGUUGGUGAUUGUGAUGUCAUACACACUUUUAAAAUAGCGAUUAUGAUGGAGUAUUUAAAAUCUCUCGAAUUAUUUCGGAUUAAAACGAAGCCAUUGGUGCAUGAGCUUCUUAUUGACACACUGGUUCAAGGUGGGGAGUUUCUUCAGCUCCAACAGCUGAUACGCCAUCGUGUGUUGGAAGAUUCGAAGCGAGCUGCAUGUAAACUUCUGUCACUAGAGAGCGCACACGCUCCAUGCUCACAACUAGCGCUGGAUAUGCUUAAGCGUUUGGCAACUUCAGAUGAUGAAGUUAUUGAAGUUUUGCUUUCAAAGCAACAGGUAUUGCCAGCACUAAGGUUCAUUCGUUCGGUGGGAAUGCAUGACUUGGUUCCCGCUCGUAAGUUUCUGGAAGCGUCCAUGCACGACGACAUGACGUUUUACUCCGUUUAUAAAUUCUUCGAAGCGAGAAAUAUCAGAAUAAAUAAAAGACCUGGAUUCACUGACGUUGAGAAGUGCCAACCAUUCAUGCUACAUUACCAAUCCAAGUUCACUAAAAGAGAGAAAAGAACUCGUGUAUGACAUCAUAGUGAUGUCGUAUAUGAUCAGUGUGAUGUCAUAGUACUCCAAGACAUAUCUGUGCAAUAAGUUAAAUAUAUAAAAUCCAUUUUACGAAUAAAUUGCAGUAACUUAUA